GGAUAUCAGAACAACUCUUUUGAGAUUACCUGUGGGUCCUCGGGAACUCAGGCUCGGUACCAGCAGGGGCCCUCUGUGCCCCUCCAACUUCUUAAUACCUCGCAAGUGUAUCAGGACACCAUUGAAAACAUUGGCUGUAUUACCAAGGCUUUAACUGGAAUGUCAUAUUUGAGAAACACAUGCAUAGACUCAGAUAUGACUGGAGAGCUUUAAGGAGUGAAGGUUGGCUUUAUGGAGUCAAUAAAGCCCCUUGGAAAUACUGGCCUGAUACUUUGCUUAUAGAGUUCCCAGGAGCCUUACAAGGAGCAGGCCAGGAGAGAGACGGAGACAUGCUGAAGGAGCUCCAGCAUUCCCUCUUGGUCAUCCUGUUGCUUGUCUGUGUCUUCUUCUACCAGCUGAAUGUGAAGUCCCGCUGUCUCUUCUCCUGCCUUCCUCCCCAAAAGUCCCAGCAGGACCUGGAAACCCUCCUGGGCCAUGGGCGCGGCAUUGUGUUCAUAGAGACCUCGGAGAGAAUGGAGCCAACUCCUCUGGUCUCUUGUGCUGUGGAGUCUGCUGCCAAGAUUUAUCCUGGGCAGCCCGUGGCGUUCUUCAUGAAGGGUCUCUAUGACACCACACGGCUGCCCUCAAACGCCACUUACCCAGGCUUUUCCCUCCUCUCAGCAAUAGACAAUGUUUUCUUCUUCCCUUUGGAUAUGAAAAGGCUGUUUGAAGACACACCGUUGCUUUCAUGGUACACUCGCAUCAAUGCCAGCGUAGAGAGCAACUGGCUCCACGUCAGCUCAGAUGCGUCCCGCCUGGCCAUCAUCUGGAAGUAUGGCGGCAUCUACAUGGAUACUGAUGUCAUCUCCAUCAGGCCCAUCCGUGAGGAGAACUUUCUGGCUGCACAGUCUUCUCGGUACUCUAGUAAUGGGGUGUUUGGGUUCCUCCCCCACCACCCCUUCCUGUGGGAGUGCAUGGAAAACUUUGUUGAACACUACAAUUCAAAAAUUUGGGGCAACCAGGGUCCCGGUUUGAUGACGAGGAUGUUGAGACUGUGGUGCAAACUUGGAGACUUCCAGGAGGCCCUCUCUCAGCUCCUGUGCCUGCUGCCGUGGCCUUGGUGGCACCCUCCCUCCGUGGUCGGUCCAAGGCUUCCUCCGCCCAUGCAGUCCCCGGCUACCCCCGCUGAAGGCCUCAGUAGCUCCCUCUUUGGGGCCUACCCGCUCCCUACCUUCAAGUUCCAGCCUCGCUCUGAGAGCGUGGACUGGAGGCGCAUUAGCGCCCUGGACGUGGACCGCGUGGCGCGGGAGCUGGACGUGGCCACUCUGCAGGAGAACAUCACUGGGGUCACCUUCUGCAAUUUGGACCGGGAGGCGUGCAGCCGCUGUGGGCAGCCCGUGGACCCGGUGCUGCUCAAGGUGCUGCGCUUGGCCCAGCUCAUCAUCGAGUACCUGCUGCACUGCCAGGAUUGCUUGAGUGCCAACAUCGCCCAGCUGGAGGCCCGGCUGCAGGCCAGCCUGGGCCAGCAGCAGCUUGGCCAGCAAGAGCUGGGUCGCCAGGCUGAUGAGCUCAAGGGCGUGAGAGAGGAGAGCCGCCGGCGUCGCAAGAUGAUCGGCACCUUGCAGCAGCUGCUCCUGCAGACAGGGGCCCACAGCUACCACGCGUGCCACCUGUGUGACAAAACAUUCAUGAAUGCCACCUUUCUCCGGGGCCACAUCCAGCGCCGGCAUGCAGGUGCGGCAGAAGGAGGGAAGCAGAAGAAGCAGGAACAACCAGUGGAGGAGGUGUUGGAAGAGCUGCGGGCCAAGCUAAAAUGGACCCAAGGGGAGCUGGAAGCCCAGAGGGAGGCGGAGAGGCAGCGGCAGUUGCAGGAAGCAGAGAUCACCCGUCAGAAGGAAACAGAAGCUAAGAAAGAAUUUGAUGAAUGGAAAGAAAAAGAGCGGGCCAAGCUAUAUGAGGAAAUAGACAAGCUAAAAAAAUUAUUUUGGGAUGAAUUUAAAAGUGUUGCCAACCACAACUCUACAUUAGAAGAGAAACUGCAGGCGCUGCAGUCCCACAGUGUGGUGGAGUCCAAUCUCGGGUCACUGCGGGAUGAGGAGUCUGAGGAGCGACUCAGGCAGACUCAGGAGCUCCGGGCCCUGAGGGAGAAGUUGGACAUUCAGAAAGCAGAAUGGAAGAGAAAGAUGAAGGAACUUCAGGGAGAGCAUGCAGCUCAGAAGCGAGAGCUGCAGGAGCAGAACGAGAGGCUCCAGGCCUCCCUGUCUCAGGAUCAGAGGAAAGCAGCUGCCCAGUCCCAGCGCCAGAUCAGUGCUCUCCGCGCCCAGCUCCAGGAACAAGCCAGGCUCAUCGCCUCCCAGGAGGAGAUGAUCCAGACCAUGUCUCUCAGGAAGGAGGAGGGGACCUGCAAGGGCCCAAAGGCUGUGGACAUGGAAGAGGACUCUUCUGAGGAAGAUCUGGAGGACUCCCGAGAUGGACAGCAGAAGGUGCUGGCUGCUCUGAGGCGAAACCCCACCCUGCUGAAGCAGUUCAGGCCAAUCCUGGAGGACUCCCUGGAAGAGAAACUGGAAAGCAUGGGGAUAAAGAGAGAUGCAAAGGGAAUCCCCUUUCAAACCCUCAGACACCUUGAGUCCCUCCUGAGAGCCCAGCGGGAGCAGAAGGCACGGAGGUUUUCUGAAUUUCUGAGUCUGAGGGAAAAGCUUGUCAAGGAAGCCACCAGCAGAGUGAAGGAGAGACAGAGAAGCAGGGCCCUGGCGUCCCAGCCAGACACCAAGGCUCCAGUCAAAAGCCAGCAGAACCCACUGGUCAUCAAAGAAGCCCAGCCAAAGGCCAGGACCCUGCAUGUGGCGUUGCCAUCCAAGCCAGCAGAGCCACCCACGAUGACUCUUCAGAGCCGCGGCAGCCAUGGCCCUGGCCUGGCUCACAUGCCCACCCCUGCUCCACGUCCCAGAGCACAUGGACCCUCCGGCACCCCUGCUGCCCCAGGGCCUGGGCUGAGUACGCCCCCGUUCAGUUCUGAAGAGGACUUGGAGGAGGGACAUUCGGUGCAGCGGACAUCUCUCCAGCCCCCAAAAGGCCCUUCCAGGAUGGGGCCCCGGCCAGAGGAUGACUGGGGCUGGUCUGACACCGAGAGCUCAGAGGGGAGUGCCCAGCCCCCUGACAAGGGCUCAGGUGGGCUGGCUUCCUCAGGAACACUGGUGCAGUCACUGGUCAAAAACCUUGAGAAGCAGCUAGAGACUCCAGUGAAGAAGCCUGCUGGAGGGGUCAGUCUGUUCCUAAUGCCCAACGCUGGGCCCCAGAGGGCUGCCGUGCCAGGAAAGAAGCCUCAGCUUUCUGAUGAUGAGAGUGACUUGGAGAUCUCUUCCUUGGAAGAUCUCCCCCCGGACCUGGGCCAGAGAGAAAAACCAAAGCCUCUGUCUCGCUCAAAGCCGCCGGAGGAGUUUGGCGCCAGUCCGUGGAGCCCUGGCCGAUCCAGGGUCCCUGGUUGGUGAUCCUGCCCCGGAGCCUGGCUGAGGCCAGCUCAGGACUCCCCGAACAGAUGAGGCUGCUGGGCCUCUUGUCUUCGUCAGUAACCAAGAGAUCUUCUCCUUUGCAGAGAAGCAGAGCAGAAGGUGGAUAUAAUUUCUUCCGCCUGUGAGGGAUUGUGCUUCCAGAGCGCCGGGGGUGCCUGGCUGGGUGCUCCUGGGUCCCAUGGCUUGAGAAAGGGUUAUAAUGAGCAGUUUCCUUUCCCACCUCCAUGUUCACUCCAGCCUGAAGGAGCCCCUUGAUCUUUAUUCACUGGCAUUUUGUAAAUCUGUGGGAACAGUGUGUAGACGAGUCUUUACCUUGCCUGAUGUCUUUUUGGGGACACAUGCCUCAGUCAGUCAUUCAGUGAUUCUCCAAAGUCAUUUACUGAGUGCUUGUUCUCCACCAGGUCCGCCUCUCCCUGCCAAAUUGGGGUGCUGGCAGAGGUGAUGGGGGCAGAAGUACAGGGUAGUAAUCUAGUGACAGAGAUUAGGGUGCUAUGGGAGCAUAGCAUGGGCCACCCAGUGCAGUCAGGGGUGAUCCUGGAGAGAGUCUCAGAGCUGAUGUCUGGUUGUGCUUGCUCAGGGGCAGGAGGGAAGGAGAGCCACCUGGCUGGGGCCUCGUGCUCAAAGGACCACAAAUUUAAUUUUUGAUAUUAUCUCCAAAGUUAGGUUAUAUAUGCAGCCACUGUAUUUUUUUUAAUGUGAAAAGCUUAAUUUAUUAUAUGUGAAUA